GUCAAUAUUUACAAAUAAAGACCAUUGUGAGAACUAAAUGUUGACAGGUUUGAUGAAAACCUUGUGUUAAUUUGUUACAAAAUGAAUUUGGAACUUUUAGAAUCCUUUGGCCAGAAUUAUCCUGAGGAGUUUGACGGCACUCUGGACAGCAUAUCGCUGGCCGUCACGUGUGCCUUCAACAAGCGCGGGACGUUGCUGGCGGUCGGCUGUAACGAUGGGAGGAUCGUCAUUUGGGACUUCCUUACGCGAGGUAUCGCAAAAAUUAUAAGCGCCCACAUACAUCCAGUUUGUUCGCUCAGUUGGUCUCGUAAUGGGCACAAAUUACUCAGCGCUGCCACAGACAACAAUGUGUGUAUUUGGGAGGUUUUGACAGGAGAAUGUCACCAGAAGUAUCACUUUCCUUCGCCCGUCCUUAAGGUUCAAUUCAAUCCUCGCAGUGACAAAUUGUUUCUUGUUUGUCCAAUGCGUCACGCAGCAGUACUUGUCAACAUAGAUGGUACUCACCGUGUCGCACCACUUGACGACGAUUCUGAUCUGAACAUAGUCGCAUCGUUUGAUCGGCGCGGCGAGCACGUGUAUGCUGGAAAUGCCAAAGGCAAGGUGCUGGUCCUGACCACUGCCUCGCUCGAGCUGAAGGCCUCGUUCAAGGUCACCCAAGGCACAACCAGCGCAACAGCUGUAAAGAGCAUCGAGUUCGCCAGGAGAGGAGAUUGCUUCCUGAUCAACACCGCGGACAGAGUCAUCAGGGUGUACGACACCAAGGAGAUAUUGGCCUGCGGCACAGAGGGGGAGCCGGAACCCAUACAGAAGCUUCAAGAUCUGGUCAACAAAACCAUGUGGAAGAAGUGUUGCUUCUCGGGAGACGGGGAGUACAUCUGUGCUGGCUCGGCCCGCCAGCACGCUCUGUACAUCUGGGAGAAGAGCAUCGGCAAUUUGGUCAAGAUUCUUCACGGCACAAAAGGAGAGCUUCUUCUCGACGUAGUGUGGCAUCCUGUGAGGCCGAUCAUUGCAUCGAUAUCCAGCGGCGUCGUGUCAGUUUGGGCCCAGAAUCAAGUGGAAAACUGGUCAGCUUUUGCUCCAGAUUUCAAGGAACUGGACGAAAAUGUUGAAUACGAAGAGCGAGAGUCUGAAUUUGACAUCACGGAUGAAGACAAGUCUGUGGAAAUGGGACCUAAAGAAGAAGACGAGGAGAUUGAGGUGGACGCGUCGACCAUAGAGCCGGUGCCGGCCUUCUGCAGCUCGGACGAGGAGGGCGAGGACUCGGGCGUGCUGGAGUUCCUGCCCAUCGCCCCGGAGGUGGAGGAGCCCGAGGACGCGUGGAACGCCCACGCCCCGCCCGGCCAGGGGGAGGCCAAGGCCGAGGACAAGCAGCGCGGCGAGAAGGAGAACACCUCCCCCAAGGUCAAGCACAAGUGCCACAGCUACGAGAUGGAGCUGGCCGGCGCGCCGGUGGACGAAAUCCAUCCUUUCCUUAGCAACCGGACGAAAGACAAACAGCAAAAUGGUUCCAAGAAGGGAGGUUCGCGUGCACGUACAGAGGACCGGAAACGUUUGAAACUGUGAUUGGGUCGUCCAGUCCCUACCAAGUAUUGACACCAAUGUAAUAAAACAAUUCUACUAACUAUAAUAUGGAAAAUAAUAAUAAUUUGUGUGUAUAUAUAGAAUUGUAUAUUCUUUUUCAUUCUCUUCAAUAUAAUUCAUAAUAUUUACAAAACACAAUCUUAAAACAAAGCAGCAGAAAACAUGUGUGCAACGACAUAAUUUACAAAACAAUAAUGAAGAAGGCACUAUGACAGAAAAUGUUUAAUGAUCCUAUACCUGAGUAACCUGUUACAUAAACCUAAAUAAUCUGAAACUGUUUUUGAAAAUCUAUACUAAGACUUACACUGAAAAUUACAGAGUUCAAAUACUGUUUAAUUUAUUAAAUUAUUUUUAUUCCAUAAAAUUUAUAGCUCAAUUUUCUUAUGUAAAAUCUUAUAUCAGUAAACAAAAAUCAUAAAACUAGCAUCCUGCAAGAUGUCAUUGAGAUUUCAAAACCUAUUAAUCCUGCAUGAAACCGAAAUUACUUUGUUAAAAACAAUAAACUUAAAAUGAUUUAACAUUUCAUGUAAGGGCUAGACAUUAGAAUAAUUUAAUCUAUAUUUGCAAUGAUACACACACAAAACUCAUUAGCCUAAAACUGAAAUACUAUUUGAAAACUCAUUAACUAAUUUUUUUUUUCUAACAUAUAAUGCACAGUGCUUUAAAAUCUGUGUACAGAACUGUCUUGAAAUAUUGCUUCUCCAACAUACAUAAUUAUAAAUUGAAGCCAAAAUUUUUCAUGUACCGUAUUUACUCGCAAAUGAGUCGCCCUCGAAUAUGAAUCGCAUCAUAAAUCUGUUUCCAGAAGACAUGUGAAGUCUUUAUGGUCCGUGUCUCAGCUUAUGGCCACGUAGAAACCCCCCCCCCCCCCUUUUUUUUUAAAAAACCGCUGCUUCACUAAGAGAGAAAAGACUGCAAUUCUUCAAUAACAAUCACACUUUUUACAGCAGUUGCAUCAUGAAUGAAUGUUGCAGUAGAAAGCGCGUAGGCUAUCUCAUGUAAAAACAAUGUUUGGACACAGUUGCAUCACAAAAACCUGUUCAGAAAGAAACGAAACAAUAUGUUUGGGUACAGUGCCCUUUCACAAACAUUUAAUACCUCCCCAUAGGGAGUCAUAGUCAACUACAACAGUACAAUGUUAAUUUUUUUUAAACCCAAAAUGAAAAUUAGCACAUGGAACGCAGUACAUUUUAUUAAACAAAAAAUCUGCAUGAAAUCUACGACCCAUACACUGGUAAAUACGGUAAUUUAUUUUAUAGUAGUAAAAAGUUUCAAAUCCAUGGACUUAAAUUUUUAAAAAACCUAUUGCAGGAAAACUAUGCACAGCUUCAAAUCACAUUUCAAUUUUGAAUUUUACAUGCAGCAAAUUUGCAACCUUGAAGAAUGUUUUAUGAUUUUAAAUAAAGGAGUGCUUAAAAGAAAUACAAUCUACAGUACUUUCCACCACAAUGCAUCACAGUCUUUUUAUCAUAAGAACUACAGUAGUCUUUAAUAUUAACUGAAGAUCAACAGCAUUUCAUGUAAUAUGUAUACACAAAUUUUACAUCACAUGUACAACAAAAUUAUGUGCAGAUAUUGGUCGGAACACUCUCCAAGACUGAAAAUUACAUUCCUUCCCGUUCGCCACGCCGCACACGCACACUAUCUACACCACGGAACUGGAGCCGGUGACCAACAGGUGGACGGUCAAAACAACUGAUCAACCUAGCGGUAUAUACAAAAAGAACACAGAAUGUCUGCGAUAAAAAAAGUGCAGGGAAAUGAGACAGUUGAUCGAACCUGUGAUCCCUCCACCAACUACAAGAGCUCAUGGCAAAUGUUUAACACGUACACUACGUGCAUUUAUUUGAAGUGUACACAUCAAAAGUUCUCUGUACAAGAGCACACUGAUGAUACAUUACGUUAUGUACAAUAUGGACUUGGUUCCUGCAGUGUUUAAACAGAGGGAGAGAGAGGGGGGGAGAGAGAUGAAUUGACUUCAGAACAACUCCAUAGUCUUGGUUUGCACGUUCUUCGGGCUUAGAAACUGCUCACCUCGCUGACGGAAUGUGCCAACAUCCUUUACGUUUGACCCAACUUCUGGUUGCUGAACUUCAUGAUGCACACUCCUUGGAAACAGAUUCUCAGUUUAACAGCACUAAAAACUAACCUUCAACUAUCAUUUCAAAUCACCACAAAAAUAUCCAAUUUUAAAAUAUGACAAAAAUCACAAUAUUUUUUUUUUGAUCUGGAGAAAAUCAAACCGACAUAAUUAAAGUACAUCUUCAAGUUUGCCUACUGAAACAAUAAUUACUCUAUAAUUUACAGUCAUUCAGAUCAUCUACUUAUUUAAGGAAAAUAUUAUGUUUCUAUUCUAGUUCAUUUGGUAGAUAUGUGUGACAGUUUUAAGUCGUGGCAAAACAGGUACAUUCUGAAGCCUCUCUGGUAACUUAGCAUACGAGGUUGCCUCUCUCUCAACUUAAAAGAUGCUGGCACCAAAUAGUGUUGUAGUGCUCCCUCCUACUGCAUGGCAUUAAGUACUGGAACUUCCACUAAUCACAGGCCUGGAAUGUUUGCAUCACUGCCAGCAUUCUGCAGGAAAACUGUUCACCUCUGCCUGUUCUUGCACACUUGAGCCGUCUCUGCUGUACGACACUCGAAUACGCAUUCGCAAUGGCGCC